AUGGCGAAAAGGCCAACGUUUUCUCCUCCCAGUGAAAAGAGAAAGUUUGGUGAGGUGUCUUUUGACAUUUUAACGGAUGCUCUGAACGACCUCAACAAAAGAAACAAAUUCAACAUAGAGAAUGUAUCAGAUAUCUGUGGAAGUUUAAAAGAUCGGAGAAUAGUUGAGAGUGUAUUUCUUCUGUGUGAUGAGCUUGGACUUGACCCAGUGGUUGGAUACAAUGCCAUUGAGUUACUGGAGAGGUGUAUGGCAAAACAUCUUGAAGAUCUAAUCCUCUACCAGAAGAGUCAGGCUACACAAGACCCAUCAUGUGGAGAUAAAGGAAACUACGAGGAUCUCAUCUUUCAAACACUGAAGGAGAAGUUCUUUCUCUUCAUCCUCUCAAGUGUUCAGAUAGCCAGCAAACUGGACCUGCAUUCUAAUCUUGUUAACAACAACACUGCAAUGAGAUGGCUGCAGGCGGUCAGCUACCCUUGUUCCAAAGAGAAACUUUUGGACACUGAGAUUUUCAUUUUGAAAACUCUCAACUUUGAUUUGAAUGUUCCAAAUCCUUUAAUGUAUGUGGAUACCCUUUUGGAAGUGCUGGGCCAUAAUGAUCCAACAGCCCCUGUGGCACAUCUACACCACCUCUGCAUCUAUGUACUGCAGUUCAUUUACCUGCAGAGGGAGCCAAUCUACCACUCAUUGCUCAUAUCUGCCACUGGAUGCCCCAGCCCGACCCAUGAGCAAAGAGCCAAGUUUGUGUCAGUGACAGAAGACUUCAUGCUUUUGGGAGUUGGAGUCAUUGCCGUGGCUGCCUUCAUUCAUCAUAUUUCCACAUGGGAAAAGGUAGUGCAGGAGCUGACAGGAAUCACAGGGAUAUCAGGACAGAGUAUCAUGGAGUUUGCAUAUGUCACCCUGAUGCACAUCACCCUGAUUAAACCCAUGUGA